AAAAUCAGCUGAUCAGAAAACAAAAACACAGCUGUAAAACAUAAAGUAAAAAAAUUAACCCCCACAGACACCACCACAACCGACAUCAUCAACACUACCUCCGCCAACAACAUCAAGUCAAGAUACUCAGACUAAAAAAAAACAACAAAAACAAUGACAACAAACAGACGGUGAAUACAACAACGUAGAACAAGGCACAUACAAGCAGCAAAGUAUUCUAAAGAAAAGGCAUACAAAACGUAAAAUGUAUAAAGUUUUUUUGUAGUAUCUUUACAUGGGUGUGUGCUGGAAAAAUUAAAAUUUUAUCGAAAAAAAUCUGUAUGGGAUAAGAUGAAAAAUUAAAUAAUAAAACAAUUGGAUCACAGACAAAUGCAUUUACGUUUAAGUUCAACGCUGCACAAUGGAAGAGAUUUGCAUGAUGUUUCCAAGGAGAUGAUGCAGUUACUAAAACCUGCUACGCCAACGAAUAUUAAUCAGCAGGUGCAUCAGCAGCUGCUGCUGCAAAAUCAACACAAUCACCAACACCACCACCAGCAGACAUUUACAAAAGGGACCUGGACUAAGAGAUUUAUAUUAUGGUCGAUAUUAUUAAUACAAUUUGGAUUCAUUUUAUGUUUUUGGUUGAUGCAAUUGGGCUUAAGUGAUAAACUCAAUGAAACAACUGCCACAAACCAUGAAUUGGAGGAGAAUAGAAUUAACUUUGUUCAGUCGGAGGCAUUGAAAGCUUCAAAGAAGUCAAAUGCAGAGGGUAACGUACUAAGGGUAGCAAAUUUCCAAUGGCCUUCCAGAGAUCUGAAAUUUCAAAAUGAAUUUUUGUUACAUCAAAACACUUACAAUCUUUCGGAAGCUGAAAAGAUUAUGUUUGGAGAAACAUCGCUGUGGUGCUUUAAGGAGGGUACUGUGAAUGACACCAGACUGAAAGGUAUGGAAUGGGAUGAUUCUAAUCCCUGGCAAGAAAAUUGCGAAUGUUUGCCGGAGUGGCAUGGUAGAGAUUGUGGACAACCCGAGGUUAUUUGGAGAGCCUUAUUGACGGCCAAAAUGCCGUUUAAAGUAAAAGAUCCUACUAGGGAGGAAGCUCACCGUUUGGUAUAUAUGUUGGAAGGUGCUUUUUUGAAUUUAGAUUUGAUGGAAUUGCAAAUUAAAGCUGUCUCUAAGGUUGUGGACUAUUUUAUAGUAUAUUUAAAAACUCAUCCUAUAAAUAACAAGGAUCUGAAAUCAAUUAAAUUUAGAUUAAAACAAAUGUUACCUAUGAAAAAUUAUUUUUUAUAUCACUGUAAAUUACCCUCAUAUAAUAAUUGCUCUUCGGCUGAGGCCUAUCGUUUGUUUAGGCAACAGCAGCUGCCCACAAAUGCUAUAAAACCCACGGAUAUUUUCAUUCUUAGCGACGACAAAACCAUUUUAGGUCAUCGAGCUUUGAAUUUUCUUAAAUACUAUGGCUCUGAUAUAGCACCUGUCAUACAAUUUCGUUUGAAAUUUACCGUCUAUGGAUUUUAUUGGCAACAUCCUCAACAAACACAUCUUAAUGGUCUCAUAAGUUCCUUUCAAAAUAUCGAUAAUGCUGAUGCAAAUCCAACACUAUUGCUAACACAAAUUACCUCACAACACCAUCAACAACAGCCAUCUUUGGUAAUAGGAGAUUUAAAUCAUUUUGGCGGUUGGUUCUGUAAAUACUGCCAAGAACCCGAUGAAAUUAUUGCUGAAUUACAACUUUCACAGAGUUCCUCUUAUCACAAAUUAACCUCAAACCCAACAGUCUCACCCUCCAAGUCAAUUCAAAAUUCUGUGGUAUUUCCUGUAGAUCAAAAACAUUCUUCUCAUAUAGAUGCAGCAUAUGUUCAGCAACUUAUCUCAACGGGUAUUUAUCUAAAGGAUGGUAAAACACAAUUACAAAAGGUACGUCGAUUUUCAGAUAAAUACUAUGCCCCUCACUAUGCCUCCGAACAAAGCUGGAAGUAUGGUCACUUGUUAAUAAAUAUUUAUGAAUCUCUGGAAGACUUGCUGGCCAGUGAUAAUGAAGACGAAAUGUUUUAAAGUAAGAAAUGUAAAUAUUAAUUAUUAUUUGUUAAAAUUAAUAACAAUCAGUCGUUUCUGUUACUAUUGUAACUAUUUUGUUAUAUUUUUUAUUAGGAUGGCAAACUUUCAAUAAGAAGACACAAACAAGAAAUUCGUUACUCCGAAAUUUGAUUCAAAUCAAAACACUUUGGUAUUAUCUAAUCGAAUUUUUUGUUUGUGUUAUUGGAAAAAGUCCUAAAUAAAAUAUAGCUAAAUAGUAAUAACAAUUUAACGAAAAUCUUUAGAAAAGAUU